CCAUAUUGAAAACAAAUUUAACCUUGGGCCCUUUUAAAGAACUCCAGGUGGUCUGACUGCAUUCCAAAAUACUCGUACAAACGGAACUGCCGUUCGUCGUCAGAUAUGGCCUGUCUUUCGGACAUUGAUUUGGCCACCCUGCAUGAGCAUCGGCUAGAGCAGCGCUGGCACUAUGGCCUCGCGAAUCAUUCCAACUAUCAUCAUGAUCAUCACUAUCACCAGGACGGGUUCAGUGCCAUGACGCGACUUUGCCUGGAGCGUAGUCUGCAUAAACAAAACACUGACCCGAGAAAAAUGAACAGUGAUUUGAAUGGCAAUAGCCUAAAUGCAUUUGCCUCGUCUGGCGGCGGCGCUGAUAAAUCUGAUCUGGGCAACAACUGCUUUGCCUCAGGUAUGCAACGGCGACGCUCCGGCACAUGGCCGCGCACCCGGAGCUUGAAUGCCCCAUCGCCCUUCCAGCAAUUCGGACCAUGUGGACGCAUCAUGAAAAACUCCGCCAUGGUGAUGCAGAUCCAGGACCCGGCCAGCCAGCGCCUGACCUGGUACAAGCCACCGCUCACAGUGCUGGUGAUCAAGAAAGUCAGCGAUGCCUCGGUGCUGGCGCCGUUCGUCCAGCUGGUGGACUGGCUGCUGCAGGAGAAGAACAUGGUGGUGUGGGUGGAAUCGGCGGUGCUGGAGGAUGCCCACCUCAAUGAGGAUGCCAAGUUCAAGGCCAUUAGGGAUAAGUUGGUCACGUUCAAGGAUGGUCGCGAUGACCUGACCGAUCGCAUUGAUUUUAUUGUCUGCCUCGGAGGGGACGGCACCUUGCUGUACGCCUCCCAGCUGUUCCAGCAAUCGGUGCCGCCUGUGAUGGCAUUCCACUUGGGCUCACUGGGCUUUCUCACACCCUUUCGAUUCGACAAUUUUGAAGAGCAACUUACCAGCGUCUUGGAGGGUCAUGCUGCACUGACACUGCGCAGCCGCCUUCGCUGCGUGAUGCAUCGAAAGGGUGACAAAAGGCAGGAGGCCAAAAUGGAGGCCAACGCAGAUGCAAGACCUGCUGCCAACAGCAUCCUCGUGCUAAACGAGGUGGUCAUUGAUCGCGGACCGUCGCCAUAUCUCAGCAAUAUUGAUUUGUUCCUCGAUGGCAAGUACAUUACCUCCGUGCAGGGCGAUGGCCUGAUUGUGUCGACUCCGACUGGAAGCACAGCGUAUGCGGCAGCAGCUGGUGCCUCCAUGAUCCACCCCUCCGUGCCAGCCAUUAUGGUAACUCCCAUUUGCCCGCAUUCGCUAAGCUUCAGGCCCAUUGUGGUGCCUGCGGGUGUGGAACUGAAGGUGUCCGUUUCGCCUGAAAGUCGCAACACUUCGUGGGUCAGCUUUGACGGGCGCAACCGUCAGGAACUGUUCCAUGGCGACAGCCUGCGUGUGACCACCUCCAUCUAUCCUGUGCCCUGUAUAUGUGCUCAGGAUCAGAUCUCCGAUUGGUUUGCAUCCCUCGCCGAUGGCCUCCAUUGGAAUGUGCGCAAGCGUCAGAAGUGCCUCGACGAGCUGUCAGACCUGACGGCAUCCGGCUCCGAGGACACGCUGGACGAGAUGGAAAAUAUGAAAUUGUAUGAUAUUUAGUACGUAAGUCUCUGUUGGCAAUCGUAUCCGUGGGCUAAGCUCCACGACUGGCUUUUAGUUUUAGUCGAGCCUUGCAAUCGCUUCAAUGUAAUUCGAAUAUCUGUAAAGUCGUUUCAUAGUCUGUAAUGUCGUAGAAUUAGCAUAUUUGCCGAUUAUACUCGUAUUUACAAUAUAUUAUGAGCCAAUUAUUUGGCCAACUUUUCUCAAAGG